UAUAGGUGCGCUCGAGAUAACGUGAUACUUUUAUCUAUGCUGGAAGAUAAAACAAAGUGCUUAUCAGAACAUUAGUCCACAAAGCCGUGAUACUGUCAGACAUAUUAUUCAGUAAAGGUGUUUUUUUAAAUGUCAACAACGAAUUCAGCAAAAAUGAAGAGCAUGAAGUCAGAAACUGAGCACAAUAUGAAGUCGAUUAAGUUCUUACUUCUCACAAUAACUACGAUGUUUUUGAUAAUAUCCGGGCUCAUGAUAGUCCUGGGCAUCUCGGUCUACUCCCACUACCACAGCCUCUCGUUCCUCUACGAGAGCGCUAAGAGCGGGAACUUCUUCACUCCUUCCAUCCUGGUCGUGGUGAUGGGGAUGGUGAUGAUGAUUGUCACGCUGUUCGGGUUUUUUGGCAGCUUGAAGGAGAGCACUUGCAUGGUUAACUUGUACGCGUACAUCCUGUUCCUAGUAUUCCUAGUGGAGCUCAUAGUGGUGUGCGUGGCGUUCCGCACGGACCCGGCGAGCCUGGCGCGCCACGUCGACAUCCCCGUGCACGCCUACUCCAGCGACAGCGAGAUCAGCGACGAGAUUGACCGCAUGCAGUACGCGCUGUCCUGCUGCGGCAGUGACUCCUACCUAGACUACGUCGGUCAAGAGUUUACAGCGAACCACUCGACCGCCGCGGCCACUGUCACCACCACGGACACCGUCACUCUGCUACUGCCCAAGAGCUGUUGCGAGUCUGUCAUAGAUGAGACGUGCUCGUCCGUCAAACUGAAUGGAUGCAAACGAGCGAUUAUCAAUGUCCUUGUCCAGAACUCUAGCGUGCUGGGAGUUUUGGGAGUGUCUGUCAUGUUUAUUCAGGUACUCGGAAUAACGUUUGCUCUACUUCUGGCUCAUUGCAUCAGGAAGAUGAAGAGUGAGAGAGCCCUGCAGACGUGGAAGAUGUGUGAGGAGAGGAUCAUGGCUCGCAAGCUCGAAGAGAAGAAGGAUAUUCCUACCAUCACCAUCGGCCAUAUUGAUUCUAGCAAAGCCUAAUUUACUUUCCCACCUUCUUUAUAAAACUUAAGAUGUAAUAAUAUAGGUGCCAUUAAGGCAUACUUAUCAGUAAGGAAUAAUAAAAUGUUUAUUGAAAAAAAUUUAAGUAAGUCAAGUAUGAUAUGUAUUGAUUAAAAAUAUCAAAAUGUGUUUAGUACCCUACAUUCGGAUAAUUUCAAUACUUAUUAACUUCACUGUUGUAAAAUAAUUAAAUAAAUACAAAUGUACAUA